GGGUGUUGAUUGACAGCUCCGAAUAGACGGACGGUCCCGCCCAGAUUUGUCGGUGACGUCACGAAAGGACAAAUCGAUUUACCGCGAGGUCAUUCGGCCUCUCUCAGCAGCCGGUUACAGCCAAGCCGAGUCAACGUUUUCAGUCCUGAAAGACUCCGCCAGGAGACACGAGACCACCAUGUAUCCGACCUCGUUGACGCAGCUGGCCCGGACCAACCCGUUCAGCGCUCCCAUGUUCACCCUCCAGAAAUUGGAGGAACCCCAACAGAACCUUCAUGGACAGCGGGCCCGCAGACUGGCAGCCGCCGCCGCCGCAGAAGAGGAUAUCAGCUGUGAGUUUGGGUCCUCAAAGUACUAUGCCCUGUGUGGGUUUGGGGGUAUCCUGAGCUGCGGCAUCACACACACAGCAGUGGUGCCCCUCGACCUUGUCAAGUGCCGUCUGCAGGUAGAUCCAGAUAAGUACAAGAGCAUCGGCAAAGGCUUUGCAGUGACUGUGAAGGAAGAUGGUGUCAGAGGCCUGGCAAAGGGCUGGGCUCCCACCUUCAUCGGCUACUCCAUGCAGGGGCUGUGCAAGUUUGGCUUCUAUGAAGUGUUCAAGAUCUUCUACAGUGACCUGCUUGGAGAGGAGAACACCUACCUGUGGAGGACAUCGCUGUACCUGGCUGCCUCUGCCAGCGCAGAGUUCUUUGCUGACAUUGCGCUAGCUCCCAUGGAGGCUGUCAAAGUUCGUAUCCAGACCCAGCCGGGCUAUGCCAACACACUCAGACAGUGUGUCCCCAAGAUGUUCGCAGAGGAGGGUAUCUGGGCUUUCUAUAAGGGCGUUGUGCCCCUGUGGAUGAGGCAGAUCCCCUACACCAUGAUGAAGUUUUCCUGCUUUGAGCGCACUGUGGAGUUGCUCUACAAGUAUGUUGUUCCGAAACCCCGCAGUGAGUGCAGCAAACCUGAGCAGCUGGUGGUCACCUUUGUGGCCGGUUACAUUGCUGGUGUGUUCUGUGCCAUCGUGUCCCACCCUGCUGACUCUGUGGUAUCUGUGCUGAACAAGGAGAAGGGCAGCACCGCUGCCCAGGUCCUCAAGAAGCUGGGACCCAAAGGUGUAUGGAAGGGUCUGGUAGCCCGUAUUAUCAUGAUUGGUACUCUGACGGCUCUGCAGUGGUUCAUCUACGACUCCGUCAAGGUCUAUUUCCGCCUGCCCCGGCCACCUCCCCCUGAGAUGCCAGAGUCCCUGAAGAAGAAGCUUGGGCUCACAGA